CAGCCUGCAGAUGACUGAUGUCUCUUCCUCUUCUCCCAGAAUUGGAUUCCUCGGUGUCAUCAGUCAAUAUCUUGAAGCACACGCACCACCGAGCCUACUGGGCGGAGCAGCAGGACAGGCUGCCACUGCCCCUGAUGGAACUCAUGGUGAAUGAAGCCCUGGAAAUCCUCACCAAAGCCCUCCGGAGCUACCUCUCCGCCUUCGGCGAGGAUCACAUUCUGACCCAGCAGCUGCAGGGACAAAUCGAGGAUCUCAAGAAGCAGCGGAACGGGAGGCAACAAGUCCCGGAACCCUGAGAGCACCGCCUCAGGCUCGAGGGACUGCCCACCUCCAGCCCCGGCCCCGGUCCCGGCCCUGCGUGGAGACCUAUCCAUGUGGAAUUUGAACCCUAGAGAAAUAAAAGUCUGUGCAAGGUCUGUGAGUCAGUGCGUGGCUGUCUGCGUGAGGCGGACGCACGUGGCCCCGCCUUUCCCCAUGACCUUCACUCGG